UAGAAAUGUACUUUUUUUUCACCUGGGGUGUGCUGUUCCUGUGGGAGGAUCAGUGAAGUUGCUGCACUCCCACUUCAGGAUUCAGAUGGACUAGUUUCACUGGUUUCACUCCUUUUAGGAAUCAAUAGGCACUAGUGAAACCAGCAGAAUGAGUAUAUAAUCAUAACUGAUUAAAGACUAAAAACAACAGACCACCAAAGACUAAUCAGGCUGAAAGAGUGUACAAUCAACACAACGCUGACCGCAGUAUGCCGACUGCUACAACACAGCCGGAUAAAGAACAGAGUGCUUUCACCUGUAUCACUGAUGAACAUGGUAACAGAAAAACAGAAGAGGGUCAAGAAACUCCUAAUAGGGUGAGGCUUCCCCUUUCCAGAAAGCUGUGUUAUGCAGUAGGAGGUGUACCAUAUCAGAUGACCAACAUUGCUAUGGGUUUUUCUCUACAGAUCUUUCUGUUGGAUGUAGUGCAGAUGGAGGCAUUUUCUGUAUCUUUGAUUCUGUUCAUCAGUCAUGCCUGGGAUGCCGUGACUGACCCACUCGUCGGCUAUUUAGUGAGCAGGAGUAGGUGGACCCCGAUCGGCAAGCUUCUCCCAUGGGCAGUGCUGUCAAUGCCGUUGGCCAUUCUCGCUUACAUCUUCCUGUGGUUCAUACCUCACAAUGCAGUGAGCUCAGCGUUCAGAGUGCCCUGGUACCUAACCAUCAGCUGUCUUUUUGAGACCUUCAUGAGUUGCUACAGUGUUCUAUAUACAUCCCUCAACAUGUUUCUGGGAGGAGAUCAACAAGACAGAGACUCUGCCACAGCUUACAGGAUGAGUGUGGAGGCGUUAGCUAUGCUGAUGGCAGCUGUGAUUCAGGGUCAGGUGCUGUGGGUGUAUAACAAAGACAGAGAUCAAGCCUGUCUGAACGUGGACCAAGUACCGGAUCUCCCACACAGCACAGCGCUUCAUGAAACCAGAAGUGCCUUCAUGAUAUCAGCACUAGUCAUGAGUGCACUCUUCUUUGUUUGUUGUAUGGUGCUGUUCCUUGGGGUCAAAGAACAAAAAGGGCCUCAGAGUGAUCACAUGCACACUACAUACCUGAAUGCUUUGAAGAAGCUCAUUGGCCAUGUGUCAUACCAGCGUCUGGUCCUCGGCUUUCUCUUCUCCACUUUAGCUUUUCAGAUGUCUUUGGGGAACUUCACACUGUUUUGCACUCAUGUUGCUGGUUUAGGAGCUCAAUUCCAGUAUCUCAUGUUAGCUACACUGGUGGCUGCAACCAUAUCAGUGCCAAUGUGGCAGAUGACACUGGUGAAGCUGGGCAAGAAAACGACACUUUUUAUAGGUCUACCUCUCCUCAUACCAGCUCUGGUGGUCUUAGUUGCCAUGUCAGAGAACUUUGCGGUGUACAUGGUCAUGUGUGUUUUGGUUGGAGCAAGUUUAGCUGCACUGUUCUUGUUACCAUGGUCAAUGCUGCCAGAUGUAGUGGAUGAGUUUGCUGUUCAGAACCCCUCCUGCAAGGGCCUGGAGCCCCUGUUUUAUUCCUGUUCGAGGUUUUGCAACAAGCUUGGAGGAGGUCUGUCUGCUGGCAUCUCCACUAUGACACUGCACUUCACAGGAUAUAAAGCAGGUGCAUGUAGUCAUGCAGAUGGAGUCAUCUUGGCACUGAAACUGCUUUUGGCCCCCAUACCAAUCACCUCUUUGCUGGUGGGUUUGGUGUUUUUCUAUCUGUACCCAAUCAAUGAAGCAUGUCAGAAGCAGAUUCAACAAAAUCUCGGACACACAAGGUCUAACAGUGCCACACUUCCCAAUUUAGAAGAGGAAAGGUUUCCCAUAAGUCAACAAAUAUAUGAGCCCAGUCAGAGUUUCAUCUUCAAAUCAAAGCCUAGAAUAACAUCUCAUCUUAAUGCAAACGAAUCUGUCUCUCAAGCAAAAAAUUCGACAGAAUCAUCUCCUCAAAAACACUGCAACACAAGUGCUGAUUUACAUGAGAGUUUCAAGUCAGCAAGCCAGUUUCAUAAAUCUAGAGCUUACCCAACAUCAUCACAACAACAUAAUUCAAGUGUGAAACGUCUUGAAUCAAAGUUGAGUGAAACUCAAGCCACACAUCAACUUGCACUGAAGUUUCAAGACAUUCCAGAUGACAGGUCAAAAGUUACAUGGGUGUAGACAGAGUAUAGAAGCCAAUAUAGUCAAUAUAAGUUAUUUGGUGUAGAUGAGUAAACAUAGGCUUAGCAAACAUUCCUGUAUGAAUCUAAACUCCCUAAAUAAACAUUUACUUCUGUUCGUUUCCCUCCUCUUUUAUUUAUAA